UAGAGAGGUAAUGCUGCGACUCACGCUUGUUUGCACGCAUAGCGGAUAACAGAACCAUUGGAGCGCUCAUAUAAAAAAAAUAAAACACUUGAAGGAAAAAAAAGGUCAGUCGCGCGUCGGUGGAUGGAAUUUUACGCGCUCUAUUGGUAUUCCUCUGUCGUUGCUCUGGACUGUUUUGCGUCGAGCUUUGGUGGAGGCAGAACUGAAGUCUAAUAUUUGUUACAUGCUACAGUUACCCUACUCUGAACACAACAACCUGUGCACCCUAACGUAACCGGAUAGAUAUUUCCCGUUAAGGAUCAGAUAGCAGUCUCGGAGCGCGCGGGAAUAAAAGAAGACUAAUGGCCACGUCCGAACCGACAGCCACCGGCGGGGACCAAGACCCCAACUCAGCCAAUUUACGACCUCCAUCUACAACCUAUGACGCGUGGAUGCACGGAUGUACUCGGAAACUGGGGAUGAAGAUAUGUGGAUUCCUACAGAAGAACAACAGCCUUGAGGAAAAGGGGAGGCUUGCAGGCCAGAAGAACCUUCUUUCCUGUGACAACAGUGACCGAGAUGCGCGCUUUCGCCGCACAGAGACCGACUUUUCCAAUCUGUUCGCGAGAGAUUUACUCCCAGCCAAAAAUGGAGAGGAGCCCACCAUGCAGUUCAUGUUGGAAGUGGUCGACAUUCUCACCAACUACGUCCGGAAGACGUUUGACCGCUCCACCAAGGUCCUGGAUUUCCACCACCCGCACCAGCUCCUCGAGGGCAUGGAAGGCUUUAACCUUGAGCUCUCUGACCAGCCAGAGUCGCUCGAGCAGAUUCUCGUUGACUGCCGGGACACUCUUAAGUAUGGCGUGCGAACAGGCCACCCGCGGUUCUUUAACCAGUUGUCCACAGGGCUUGACAUAAUUGGUCUGGCUGGAGAAUGGCUAACCUCUACUGCUAACACCAACAUGUUCACCUAUGAGAUUGCUCCAGUGUUUGUACUGAUGGAGCAGUUGACUCUCAAGAAGAUGAUAGAGAUGGUUGGCUGGCCCUCAGGGGAGGGGGACGGCAUAUUCUCACCAGGGGGUGCCAUCUCCAACAUGUACAGUGUGAUGAUCGCUCGCUACAAGUACUAUCCAGAGGUGAAGACUAAGGGCAUGUCUGUGGCUCCCCGCCUGGUGCUCUUCACAUCAGAACAUAGCCAUUACUCUAUCAAGAAGGCAGGAGCAGCUCUUGGCUUUGGUUCCGAGAACGUCAUCUUACUGAGCACAGAUGAAAGGGGGAGGGUCAUCCCAGCUGAUCUGGAGGCUAAGAUCCUUGAUGCCAAGCAGAAGGGCUAUGUCCCACUGUUUGUGAACGCGACAGCCGGUUCUACUGUAUAUGGAGCGUUUGACCCCAUCAACGAGAUUGCUGACAUCUGUCAGAAAUACAACUUGUGGCUCCAUGUUGAUGGGGCAUGGGGAGGUGGUCUGUUGAUGUCCAGGAAACAUAGGCAUAAGCUUAGCGGUGUAGAGAGGGCAAACUCAGUCACCUGGAACCCUCACAAGAUGAUGGGUGUCCCCCUCCAGUGUUCAGCCAUCUUAGUCAGAGAGAAGGGCAUUCUGGAGGGCUGUAACUCCAUGUGUGCAGGUUACCUCUUCCAGCCAGACAAACAGUAUGAUGUCACCUAUGACACGGGGGACAAGGCCAUUCAAUGCGGCCGCCACGUUGACAUCUUCAAGUUCUGGCUCAUGUGGAAGGCCAAGGGCACAAUAGGGUUUGAGCAGCACAUUGACAGGUGCUUGGAGCUGUCCGAGUAUCUCUACAACAAGAUCAAGAACAGGGAGGGAUACGAGAUGGUGUUUGAAGGAGUGCCCCAGCACACAAAUGUGUGCUUCUGGUACAUUCCACCCAGCCUGCGAGGCAUGCCCCGCAGCGAGGAGCGACGAGAGAAACUCCACAGGGUGGCGCCCAAGAUCAAGGCGAUGAUGAUGGAGUCAGGGACAACCAUGGUGGGCUACCAGCCUCAGGGAAAGAAGGUCAACUUCUUCCGUAUGGUCGUCUCCAACCCUGCCGCCACCCAAUCAGACAUCGACUUCCUUAUCGACGAGAUUGAGAGGCUAGGGAACGACCUGUAGACAGAAGCCAAAUCACUGCAGCCCUAGUGGCUGAAGGUCAUUCUCUGGCUAUCUCCUAGGCCUUCUCCAGAGGUGUCAAAUGUUCACUGUGUUGCAGACUGAACCGUGCAUACCUGAUAAAACUAAUAAUAGAUAGAGCACAUUCUAAGCCACAUUUCUUUCUGUACACCUUGAGGAUUUCACCUCCUCACCAUGACCUCGGCUCUGAGAGAGCUCCGUAAUCUGGGUUCUCUGCUGUCCUAAACAAUUCCUUCACUGAGCAGGGUAGGAAAACCAUAACCUGAAUAGAUACGCUGACUAGCUUGUUACUAGCGUGUUAUAAACAUGUGUGCAGUAGCGUCCUGUGUUGUGUGUGUGUGUGUUUCCUGUCUCCCAAGGGUCAUCAUUUUAACAGUAGGAACCCCCUAAGUACCAGUUAAGAUAAAGAAAGAAGAGUGUGUGUGUGUGUGUGUGUGUGUGUGUGCCUGUGUGUCUCUGUGUGAAAGAUCAUUUAAGAUGAUGAAAGCACAGAUUAUACAGUAUCAUUUGUGAUGAUUUGCGUAUGUACUAUGUGUACUAGGAGAAAACAUUAUUAUGCAUUGGUGCUCAAUUGUGUAUAUAUAAAUGCACCAACUCAUCUCCCAACACUAACCCCUGACUGUAAUGCGUGUUUAAUGGAGAAAGUGUACGUGUGUGUUGUUUUUUUUGUGAUGUAUCCCAGCACUGUGUUUUCAGAGCUAACAACAAUCGAACAACGUGUGUGUGUAAGAGUGAAACGGUCUCUAGAAACUGGUUGGACCUUGGUGAGUUAUGCUUUUAAACACAUCACUUAAUUUCAAGAAGCAAACUAGAUCUCCACCUCAAAAUUAUUUGGUGAAUGCAGCUGUCAAACGUCCCAAACAUAUAUAUGUUGUCUAUGACUUAAAUAUAUGAUGUAUAAACCUCUUUACAUACUUAACAUAAGAAGUAUUUAUUUAUUGAAUUUAAAGAGUCAGAUAUUUAAUUGUAAUGUAUCUUUUUUCAUUGUAGACAUUUAUAUAUGUUAUCAAUGUAAUGAGUGUGUUUAACACUUAAAAAAUAUUUUGUGAAUUUGUCAGCCAAAGAAAGAGAAUUUAAACAUGAAGCAAUCCACAGCCC